AUGAAGUGGUCAACUGGUCUCUGUGGAUGCUUCGAAGAUUGCUCUACUUGUUGUGUAACAACUUUCCUACCAUGUGUUACGUUUGGACGGGUGGCUGAGCAUGCAGAGAACGAGGGUUCUGGUCCUGGCUGUUUUGCACAAGGAUUUCUGUACGUUCUUUUUAGCAUUCUUGGAGUGCCAUGCCUGUACACGUGCGGAUAUAGGAAGAAACUAAGGCUGAAAUAUGGUCUGCCAGAUGAACCAUGUGGAGAUUGUGUUGUGCAUUUGUGCUGUGAUUGUUGUGCACUCUCUCAAGAAGCCAGGGAAAUCAAGAUUAGAAUGGCCAAUACACCUAAAGGGUGGGCUAGCAGGGCGAUGGCUGCUCCCCAUGCGGUUAAAGGCAUGUUCAAAUAA